GCUCAGGGAGGGGGCGUGGGUCCUAAGGUGGGCGCGGGGGCGCAGGCGCGCGGCGCCACCGUUCGUGGCCAGCCUGGGCUCGGCGAUGGCCUCCCAGCCCCCAGGUACUCCCAGCUCCGCAAAAGCCCCGGACCAGGACCGGAAGGCAGAACUGGGGAGAAAUAACGUGCCCCUGUCCUUGCUCCGCAUCCACGACAGCACGCGUCGGCCCCGCAAGCUGCCUUGGGAAGCCCUGCUCAGGGCCUGUGGCCACGUCAAGAUGUCUCUCUCGGAGGCGCGGCGGGAACGGCUGCUGCCCUCGCUUAACCCUCUGGCUGUGGGCAAUGACUUGCCACCGCCGGAGAAGCACUGGAUGCCCGCCGCCGCCGAGAAGGUGUCCUGGGGCGACCAGGAGCCCCUCUCCAAGAUCCCAUUUAAAAUUAUGAGGGGGCACCAGCACAUUGUGAGUUCCUGUCACUUCUGUGCGGAUGACACAAAGGUCCUCAGUGGCUCCUAUGACUGCACUGUGAAGCUGUGGGAUGCCUUGGAUGGAUCUGUUGUUCGGGAUUUUGAGCCAGAGCCCGGAGGUCCUGUCUUAGAAUGCAGUGUCACGGCUGACAGCAGAAGAAUUAUUGCAGCAUCCUAUGACAAAACAGUGCGGGCUUGGGACCUUGAAACAGGCAAGCUGCUGUGGAAGCUCAGUCACGAAACCUUCAUAGUCUCCUGUAAGUUUUCCCCUGAUGGUAAAUACGUGGUCUCAGGCUUGGACGUGGAUCAUGGAAUCUGUAUAACAGAUGCGGAAGACACCACCAUCGUGUCUCACAUCAAAGAUCAUCACAGGAUGUCGGUCACGGCAUGCUGCUUUGACCCCGACAGCCAGAGGGUGGCUUCCGUCUCAUUGGACAGGAGCAUCAAGAUCUGGGAUGUGACCUCCCAGGCCACGCUGCUCACCAUCACCAAGGCACAUACCAAUGCAAUCUCAAACUGCUGUUUCACCUUCAGUGGCCAUUUCCUGUGUACAAGCUCUUGGGAUAAGACCUUAAAAAUAUGGAACGUCCAUACAGGGGAGUUUCGAAACCAUGGAGCCUGUGUGACUCUGAUGCAGGGCCAUGAAGGUUCUGUGAGCUCCUGCCAGUUUGCCAGAGACACUUCUUUUCUUGUGUCUGGAGGGUUUGACAAGACUGUGGCUAUUUGGGAUGUGGCAGAAGGCUGCCGGAAGCUCUCCUUGAAGGGCCAUAAUGACUGGGUGAUGGAUGUUGCCAUUAGCAACGAUAAGAAAUGGAUCCUGUCUGCUUCAAAGGAUAGGACCAUGAGACUAUGGAAUAUUGAAGAAAUUGACCAAAUUCCUUUGGUAAUCGAGUACAAAAAGACCCAGGGCUUAAAGGUGAAACAGUGUGAAGAAUGUGACAGGCCUUUCUCCAUCUACGAAAGUGACAUCUUUUCUGGAACGGUCACCAAGUGUGUGUUCUGCCGGAUGAAUGCAAAAGACUUGUCAACAGAGGCCUCACCAUCAGCAGAAGGAGAGGUCUGACUGUCAACGGGAGUG